AUGAUGACCCAAGUCAGGACGGCCCUGUGGCUCGUCAUUGACCAGGAAGAGCUAGUCGAGAAGAUCCUUCGCGGCAACGGCACCGUGGGCACCCAUUUCCACGUCGGGUUUGCCCCCAACGAAAGCGUCGAAGCGCUGUACGAGCUCCCCGGUUACCGACGCAACCCGGACGGCACCAAGUCACAGGCGGACUUGGACGAAGCCCGCAGGCUGCUCGCGGAGGCCGGAUACCCGGACGGGUUCAGCGGCACCAUCACCACCAUCCUGACCGGAUGCACCGCCACCUCCGCCCAGUGGGUCAGCCAGGUCUGGAAGAACGAGCUCAACCUGGAAAUGGAGAUCGAGUCCAGCGACGUCGCGACCCUGUACUCCAAGUGGCGCAGCAACGACUACGAAGUGAUUAUUUCCUGCGGCAGCGGCAUCAUCCUCCCCGACCCCUCGGACAUCCUCAACCAGUGGUACGGCAUGGACACCAUGCGCAACUCCGGCAACUGGACCACCACCGAGUUCGAUAGGCUCAAGGUCGCUCAGGCCAAGGAGUUGGAUCCCGACAAGCGCGAACAGCUUUUCACGGAGAUGGUCGAUCUUCUCCGGGCAGAGGUGCCACACUUUAUGCCCACGGGUUGGAUACACGCCGGCGGCACCCUGGACUACCGCGUACGCAACUACCACGUCCCGAGGACCAUCCAGAUGAUCCACAAGCUGGACCACAUGUGGUGGGACGAAAACGCGGAGAAGCCUCCAAUAGGAACAGGCUAUCAACCGUAG